AUAGCUCACUGCUGGUCUACAAUACUCCAUCCCACACAGAAGCUUCCUCACGUCUCGCCACCAAAGAAGAUCCCUCCUAUGAUGCAGUCAGAACAGGAUGGGGCAAUAAUAUGAAUUCUGGCCUCUCCAAAAGUCCUCCUGUUGCAGGGACACAAAAUGUGAACAAGACAACAGAACAGCAGCGGCCACAGCCAGAUCCCUACCAAAUCCUGGGGCCCACCAGCAGCCGUCUGGCCAACCCAGGGAGUGGGCAGAUCCAGCUGUGGCAGUUCCUCCUGGAGUUGCUGUCGGACAGUUCCAACGCCAGCUGCAUCACGUGGGAAGGGACCAAUGGGGAGUUCAAGAUGACGGACCCUGACGAGGUGGCUCGGCGCUGGGGCGAACGCAAGAGCAAGCCCAACAUGAAUUAUGACAAGCUGAGCCGAGCCCUGCGAUACUACUACGACAAGAACAUUAUGACCAAAGUGCAUGGCAAGAGGUAUGCCUACAAAUUUGACUUUCAUGGCAUUGCCCAGGCCCUUCAGCCUCAUCCCACCGAGUCAUCCAUGUACAAGUACCCGUCGGAUCUCUCCUACAUGCCAUCCUACCAUGCCCACCAGCAGAAGGUGAACUUUGUACCGCCACACCCUUCUUCUAUGCCUGUCACAUCAUCCAGUUUCUUUGGAGCAGCCUCACCUUAUUGGACCUCCCCUGCAGGAAACAUUUAUCCAAACCCCAACGUCCCUCGCCACCCCAACGCCCACGUCACACCACACUUGGGCAGCUAUUACUAGAUGCUUUUAUCCUCAAGUGGCCUUUACCAGUCUGGUUGGACUUCUUCUUUACUUCUGGGAUUUUUAUGGGGUAUGGGGGGACCCUUAAUGGAUCAUUGUGGCCUUUCUAGGGAAGAAUUAAAACUGGAUAUUGGUUAUUUCUGGACCAAACCUAUGACUUUUGUAACUUUGCCUCUUGUGUCUUGAACUGAGGGAUGGAGGCUUCUGUGGGCCAGUACUCUGCAUUUCUUUGGGUUUUAAUGCUU